AUGUGUUUGUACUGUGAAAAUUGUGAAAAUACGGAUGCCUCCAACUUAUGGAACCAGCACAGAGCCAGAUUAAAAGAUUUUGUAUUGAGACACGGUCACCCUGCUGAAGCUGACUGCGACAUGUGUGAUUCUUUUGGUUUGAACAAAAUUGAAGAGAUUUUGAUAGGUCAAGAAAAAAGAUGUAAAAAUUACCAUCUACCGACACCGAACCCUAACCAUGUUGGGCAAAUGAAUGAAUACAUUGACAGAGAACAAGAGAGCAUGUUAGGGCAGGAGAUGGAGGCAAACCUUAAUGAAAAGCAACGAGCUGCCUUUGAUGCGGUCAUGGAAGCCGUGAACGAUCACACUAUAAGAAGCAAAUUUACAGCGACUUCUACAGAAGCUGGAAAAAUUCGAAAAGCCGUCGGAACUCUUAUGAAUGAAGCAUCAAUGUGUCCAUCACUUGCUGCUGAAUGCAUCAAUAAGCUUUAUGAAGACAUUACGAUAUCAAAUAUUGCUUUUGGAGGAAAAGUUUUCUUGGCAGGGGGAGAUUUUCGCCAAUGUUUACCUGUAGUUCCUGGUGCAGAACCAGCUGAAGUUGUUCUAGCAAGUUUAAAGCAUUCGAAACUCUGGGACGAGUUUAAAAUUUUAAAAUUAGAUCUCAAUGUUAGAUCAGUUGACCCCGAGUACAACAAUUGGCUUUUGAAACUGGGGAAUGGUGAAUUGGGCAAUGACUUUGAUCUAGGAAGAGACAUUAUAGAGAUCCCGGAACAAAUGAUUGAGUCAGAGGACAUCGUCAAGACAAUUUACGGGACAUGCUUGAAGCAUGAACACAUGGAACUGUUUUAUGGCAUUGGAAUUCUAUGUCCCAAAAAUGAAGACGUUGACUCAAUAAAUCAAAAGGUCUUGGACCUUCUGGAAGGGGAGGAGAAGGCUUAUUUGAGUUUUGACUCAUUAGUAUCUGAUGAAUUGAAGCUAAAAGUCGGAGCAAUUAUUAUGCUUUUAAGAAAUUUGAACACGAACCAAGGAUUGUGCAAUGGCUCUAGAUUGGUCGUAACUAAGAUGAUGAGAAAUGUCGUGGAAGCCAAGGUUAUCACUGGCAAAGUGAAAGGUAACAUUGUUCUUAUUCCAAGAAGUGAUCUAAAGACUGACUCUGGACUGCCUUUUGAACUGAAGAGACGACCAUUUCCACUGAAGCUAGCCUUCGCAAUGACUAUCAACAAGUCGCAAGGCCAAACCCUUGACAAGGUCGGGCUAUAUUUGUCGACCCCAGUUUUUGGCCAUGGUCAACUUUACGUUGCAUUCUCAAGAGCCCGGAGGAGUGCAGAUGUAAAGGUUUUUGUCAAGGACUCGGAUGAACAAGGGAAGUUAGUUACUGGAAGUGAGAAAGUUUUCACCAGAAAUGUUGUAUAA